AUGUCGAACCGCGCACUUGCUCGCGACAUGCAGGUCGAAUUCCAGGCACGAUUCCAAGCGAAGCAAGCCCGGAGAGAAGCGCAAAAGGCCGCUAAACAAGACCCUAUAUUGAAGAAGCAGAUUCAAGAUCUGCUCAAGAAGGGGGAGACGGCAAAAGCCUACCAAAAGGCCAAAAUGCUUCUGUCCAAGCAGGCCUUGGCUCAACAGAUGGACCAGAUGGCUGACAUGGCUGAGCUCUCUGCCGCGCAAAUUCAAGCCAAUAAUUCCAUGAAUCGCAUGACGCACAUGAUGGGUCAAUCAUCUCGUACUAUGUCUGUGGCACAGAAGAACAUGAACCCCGAGAAGACCCUCGUCACACUCGAGCAAUUCAAGCAACAGAACGAAGAGUAUGCAGUUUCAAACGGCAUCUAUCAGGACGCCAUCUCGCAGACUACCAGUGCACAAGUGUCUGAUGAUGCUGUACACGAGCUGCUGGGCAAGCUGGCCGAUGACGCUGGAGUGCAGCUCAAUGCUGAACUCAACAGUGCGGCACCGGCUAAGGAAGAGCUUGUGUCUGCCGAGCCUACUGCAGAGGAGGAAGAUGCGUUGCAGCAGCGACUACGUGCGCUGAGGGCUUGA